AUGUUCUACUCGCACACGAUCCUAGACCGGAAGAGCCCGCUGGGCACCGUGUUGAUCGCCGCGCACCUCGAGCGCAAGAUCAAGAAGCCGCAGAUCGAUGGUAUUGACAUCACCUCCUCCGCAGAGAGUAUAAUGUUUCCAGAGGUUCCACAUGCUUUAAGAUUAUCAGGGCAUCUUCUCCUAGGCCUAGUUCGCAUUUAUUCAUGGAAGGUGAACUACCUGUUUCAAGAUUGCAACCGAAUGGUAACUACAAUCAAAACUACCUUUGCUUCUGUGGAAGUAGAUUUUCCAGUUGAGGUGGAUCGGGCACCAUUUGACUGCAUCACAUGGCCAUCUACGUUAAAUCUUGAUGACUUAAACCUAGAUGAUAUAGUUUCUCAAAUAAAUACAUCUGAUAAUCAUCAGAAGACUCUUGAUCAGAUUACUUUGUCUGAAGGAGAAUAUGUGAUGAUAGAUCUCGAUGAGGCACCAGCUACUGGUCUAUUUCCAUACAUGGGGACUGAACCAUUUGAGUCAGGGACAUUCCCUCAGUUUGAUGACGGUCUUGGAGCAAAUAACACUCUUAGCAAUGAGAUUCCUCUAGACCCUCAUCCUGGCAAUAUGCUAGAAAACCAAAAUCCAUCAGAUGGAGCACAAGAUCCGCCAGAAAUAAUGCGGGAAGCUCCACAGGAGGGGCCUGAACACUUCAUAGAUACAGUUUUUGGAAAUGAUGACCCCAUGGUGUUGAGCCAGGAUUCUUCACCGUUUGUACAGAACAAGCUUAUCACCCCUCCAGCAAUGGAUGGAACUUCUGCUCAACAAUUAGCUGGGAGACACGUACCCUUACGAUGUCCUAUCACAUAUGAUCUUAUUGAUGAUAUAAAGCCCCUACAUUCUGACAACCAGUUACCUGAAUUGCGGCUUGAACCAUCCCCACCUCCACCUCAAGGACAAGACAAAAAGAGAAAGAGAGAGAUGGUGUUUGACAAUGAAAUAAUGCUCUCCAAUGAAUAUAUGAAGGCUCAAAGUAAAGGUGUUGGAUUAAAUAAGUUAGCCUGCAAGAGGAGAAAGCUACCUCAAACAGCCCUGGAUAUGUGGAAAUUCAGCAGGACCAGCAGAAAUGACACCAACUUAUUGCUUGAACCCUUACUGCAAGGGAUGUGUACUGACCUACAUGUAACAUAUGAGAGAAACUUUCCCUGUGUCAGUGACCCUGAUGCUGAGUUUGCCUCUUGUGAACCCAUGAUGAUUGGUUAUGGUGGUAGUCAGGAUGCUCCUGCUAAAAUACAGCUCACCCCAACGUCUCAUGGAAAUGAAGAUACACUGCCUGAAGAUGAUUUGACCCUAAAAUCUCCAAGAAAUUCAGAUGCACAGCUUGAACCUCAACACACCCCCAAGUCACCAGGAGGAGUCGGUGCAGCACGAGCUGAAGAUAUGAUUCCCGAGUUCCCCCGGUUCUCCACAGUAGAUAUGCCAUUUCCAAUAAGAGAAGAUGAUUCUCCUUUCAAAACUGUCCAUCAAACUCCACAGUCUGGGUUUGGAGGGACUGGUGUCCCUGAAAUACCUUCUUCUGUCGGAACCUAUUCAUUACCUGGACAAAGUACUCCUGACUCUGAUCGUAUGGUGUCCCUGUUUCCAAUCAGUGAUGAUUAUGAUGAUCAGCCAGAUAUUCCAGGGCUCAUAAGUACUCCUGGUGGGAUAUCUAGUGCAGGUACUGGAGCCACCGGACUAGGCAGCAUGUCUGCUAGGACAAGGGCUGUUGCACUGUUCUUCAGAGACCAUGUGCCUUCAACCCCACCUGAAGAGCAGCCUGGCAAAUUCAGUUUGAGUAGAAUAUUGGAAGGGAAAGUAAGAAAGCAAGCUUCACGGAUGUUCUUGGAGACAAUGGUCCUGAAGAGUUGUGGCUACAUUGAUGUCCAACAAGGAGAACCAUAUGGUGAUAUUGAAAUCUCAAUUAGUCCCUCGCUCGCAGCAGCCAAACAUUAA